AAGCAAAAAUCGAAUUGGGCAACCCAGGAUCCAUCGUACAGUCCAUCCUGGCAUUUGCUUCCAUCCUGGUCUCUCCGAAGUGCCCGGACUAAAAACAGGAAUCCCCAGGUGCAGCAUGAGUAGGGAGGAAGAGGAGGAGGAGACAGUGACUCUAGGGACAGUCAACUCUGUUACACUCACCCAAGACAGUGAUGGAAGCAUCAUACUGCACUGCCCAUCGAAUGAUGACGACUCAGAGCCUAUCCAAAAGAGACUACGGCUAACCAAUGACGACCAAGAUGACACAGACUCACCCCAGCAGUUCUCCGUGGUCACGCUCCCAAUGUCCGAAAACGACGACAGCUUUGAGGUCACGAUGACUGCCACGGCUGACGAUGACCUCACAGAAGAAGGCGUGGCCCAAAUUCAGAUUCUGCAGGAUGAAGACCCCUUGUCUCCUGAGAAGAAUGAUUUGACCUCUCCUGUCAGCCAGGCCUGGUUUACCACCAAGGAGGACAAGGAUACACUGGCCAACAAAGGUCACAAGUGGAAACAGGGCAUGUGGUCAAAGGAGGAGAUUGAUCUUCUCAUGAGCAACAUCGAGCGCUAUCUGAAGGGCCGGGGUAUGGAGGACCCCGCUGAGAUCAUAUUUGAGAUGUCGAAGGAGGAGAGGAAGGAUUUCUACCGCAGCGUGGCCUGGGGACUCAACAGGCCGCUGUUUGCCGUGUAUCGUCGCGUACUCCGCAUGUACGACAACCGCAACCACGUGGGCAAGUACACCCCCGAAGAGAUAGGCAAACUGAAAGAACUGAGGAAAAAGUUUGGGAACGACUGGGCCACCAUAGGAGCAGCUCUGGGUCGCAGCGCGUCCUCCGUCAAAGACCGCUGCCGACUGAUGAAGGACACCUGCAACACAGGGAAGUGGAGCGAGGAGGAGGAGAGGCGCCUGGCCGAGGUGGUGUACGAGCUGGCGGGCGUGACGCCGGGUGUGGCGGUGACGGGGGGCGUGUCCUGGGCCUCGGUGGCAGAGCUGGUGCGCACGCGCUCCGAAAAGCAGUGCCGCUCCAAGUGGCUCAACUACCUCAACUGGAAACACAGCGGGGGGACCGAGUGGACGAAAGACGACGACCUCAGCUUAGUGCGCAGGAUCGCUGAGCUGGAAGUGGACGAUGAGAACGAGCUGAACUGGGAGGAGCUGUCCGGCGGGUGGAGCAGUGUCCGCUCUCCGCAGUGGCUCCGCUCCAAGUGGUGGAGCAUCAAACGACAAGUGGCCAAUCACAAAGAGCUUCCCAUAAAUGUAUUGCUGAAGGGUCUACAGGAAGUGAUGGAGUCUCAGGCGUCUGGAACCGGGACAGCUACCACCACCCCAUCCCUUCAGAUCCGUGUCACCCGAUUGGAGGAGAGCAGUAACUCCGCCCAGAGUCCUGUCACAGCUCUACAGAUACCUGUCCAGAUCCCCUUGCAGAUCACACACCUCUCCACAGACAGCUCCAGUGUUGCCAGUGAUACAGAGACGAUAACACUCAAUACUGGGGCAUUGCAGACCUUCGAGAUCCUACCUUCAUUCCACCUUCAGCCAACUGGGACUCCAGGGACAUACUACCUUCAGACAGCAGCCAAUCAGGGACUGCCUCUCAGCCUGUCGACCAAUCCCACUGUUACUCUAACAGCCAGCUCCUCCCCCUCGUCACCAGAACACAUCAUUUUACAAACCCUCUCGGCGGACGGUUUGUGCCCUAGUGACGGCGUCAUCAUCCAGACGGUCACCUCUGAGCAUGCCUCCUCAGAGCCGCUCAGCCAAGCAGAGCUGGUUGUGGAGACAGAAAGGCGGGGCGAGGAGGAGCAGCUGGCAGACAACCUCUUGGUAGACUCUUCUGGAAAUGAACCUGCUGACCCCCAGGAGCCAAUAGCAGACGGCCUUACAGAAAAGGCACUUGGUUCACCCACUGUCGAGGAGCAAGUGGUGGAUGCUGGAAUGACAGAGAGCACCGUGCUGAUUGUUUCUCCAGAGAAUAUAAGCAGCACGCUGACAGAUCCGAUCCUUGAAAGCCAGGAGGGUUCUGAUUGAAGGGUGAGUGGGACUAACGAGAUCCCAUCGCUCGAACCCAGGACAGUGGAGACCAUGGUUCUUCCCAGUGCUUUUUUUGAUUUUAUUUUUAUUUGCUGAGCUUGAUGUACAAAUCCACAGCUCAAUCAAGCAGUCGGCAUUUCAAUCAGUUCCUGUCUGUGUCCAGAGGGGCCUUAUGAGUUGUGGUCAGGUGGGAUGACUUCAUCACAGACGCACAGGAAGUUGACCUGGACGCUCACGGUGCUAUUCUCUUGCACUUUGGUCUCUGUCUGAAAGGAAGCGAGUUUAAGAGAUGUCGACCAACACAGUAGUGGUCCAUUCUUCCUCAGCCAACUCUCCAUUUCAUCCACACAGACAUCACUAAACUGUUACUAGACACUAUUUAGUCCAAAUGUACUCAAGGCACAAGAUGCGUCAAUCCCUGCCGAUAAAUAUAAUUGCGCGGUUUAGGAAAGGCUCAAUUGUUCAAGGGAUUGGUUGACUGUGAACGUUCAUCCUCAUCUGGCUCUUUGUAACAAGACAAAGUUCUACUCACAUGAAUGUAUUUUUGUCAAACACUUCUUUACAAAUGUGUCUACUGAAACAGGAUCUGUCUUUUUUCACCCUCUGUAUUCGUAGGACCAUGCCCCUCAUCACAAUCCUAAUCCAUGUAAAUAUUGAAGAGCACUAAUUUGCCAUAUCUUUUUUUCCAGUGCUUUUUUGUGUUUAUUUAUUGUGUAAUAAAACAUUCUGAAAGCUU